CGCGACCGUCAUCUCGGAGUAUAAGUGUGUUUCGCCGGGAUAAACUGUCAGUGGAAUCGGAAUCAUGCUCGGACGUCUACCCGCGUGCGUCAUCGACGUGGGCACAGGAUACACGAAAUUAGGAUUCGCGGGUAACAAAGAGCCGCAGCUGACCAUACCGUCGGCGAUUGCCAUCAAAGAGACUGCUAAAGUUGGUGACAAUAAUGCAAGGAGAAUUACAAAGGGUGUAGAAGAUUUGGACGCUUAUAUCGGAGAUGAAGCUUUUGAAGCCACUGGAUAUUCAGUUAAAUAUCCUGUGAGGCAUGGACUCGUGGAAGAUUGGGAUUUAAUGGAAAAAUUUCUGCAACAAUGCAUUUUCAAAUACCUCAGAUCGGAACCCGAAGAUCAUUAUUUUCUGUUAACGGAACCACCUUUGAACACUCCGGAAAAUCGCGAAUAUACAGCAGAAAUCAUGUUUGAAUCAUUUAAUGUACCUGGUCUCUACAUAGCUGUUCAAGCUGUCCUUGCCUUAGCAGCUUCAUGGACAGCCAAGAAUGUAGAAGACCGUACCUUAACAGGAGUUGUUGUUGAUAGUGGAGAUGGUGUAACUCAUGUAAUUCCAGUAGCAGAAGGAUUCGUUAUAGGAAGUUGUAUAAAGCACAUUCCCAUUGCUGGUCGUGAUAUUACAUAUUUUAUACAAAGUCUGCUGAGGGAACGAGAGAUCGGAAUACCACCCGAGCAGUCUCUAGAAACGGCCAAAUCGAUUAAAGAAAAAUAUUGUUAUAUAUGUCCAGAUAUAUCAAAAGAGUUUGCCAAAUACGAUAGCGAUCCCUCUAAAAUUAAGAAAUAUGAAGGCAUUAACAAUAUUACUAAACAACCUUUUGUUGUGGAUGUCGGAUACGAAAGAUUUCUUGGACCGGAAAUAUUUUUUCAUCCUGAAUUUUCGAAUCCAGAUUUUACGACACCGCUCAACGAAAUCGUUGAUGACGUAAUUCAAAACUGCCCAAUUGAUGUAAGGAGACCAUUAUACAGUAAUAUUGUAUUAUCGGGAGGUUCUACCAUGUUCAAAGACUUUGGUAGACGACUGCAACGCGAUAUCAAAAAGAUCGUCGAUACACGACUCAAGCUCAGUGAAACAUUAAGCGGCAGUCAUAUUACGCCGAAACCAAUAGAUGUCCGUGUAAUAUCGCAUCAUAAACAGCGUUGCGCUGUUUGGUACGGCGGAGCGUUACUAGCCAGUGAUCCGGAAUUUUACACAGUCUGUCACACAAAGAAGGCUUACCAGGAAUAUGGCCCUGGAAUUUGUCGUUACAAUCCCGUGUUUCACAGUAUGGUUUAAAGAAAUAAUAAACGAAAUGAACACGUCGAUUAAAAAUCAUUUUCAAUAAAUAUUGUUGUCACUUAUAAAUGUAAGAUUUUGUCGUGCAACUUCUUUUUAUAUGGUGCUAAUUGCAAUUAUUAAAACUUAAUCGAAUA